GCGCGUGUGGUGUCGGCACGGAACUCAAGUUUAGUCCGCGCCUCGGGAUUCUACACGGCUCCUGGUGUGGCGAGCCAGCGGCAGACAAUACACGGAGAGAUCGUUCGCGCGGAAAAAAGGGUAAAACACCGCGUAAAAGUCGUCGAGUUCCCCCCGCGGAGUGUGGAUGUUUCUUUCGUUCACGUUUAUACGUUCGCGCUAUCUACCGCGAUGGUUGUUCGGUAAUCGUCGCGCUGUUCGCCGUGCCGAUUCUCGCGGAGGACCCGUCCGUAGAUCGAGAGUGUCGCUACGCUCGAAGGUAUGGGAACAUAGUGGCCACACGGAAGUAGAGCCGUGAUCGCGUUACUCGUUCGUCGUGAAUUUUCGUGGGAGCGACAGAAAAGCGAAGACAGAGGUACAUAAAUACGUACGUCGGCUGUAACUAAAGGUAGAAAGAAAGAAAAGGGAACUACAACAGUAAUCGGAUGAGAGCCGCGUGAAAUGUUGUGUACUAUGUGGGACGUCGCGUCGAGUGACAUCGUAGCCUGGAGACAAAAUGGGGCCCGCUGAUCGGGCCCGGAAGAACUCAGGGGUCCGAUUAACAACGGAGGUAUGGAUGUCAUCGGGGACGGGGACGAGCAGACCCUCCAGGCGAUUCUCGGACGGGGCGACUUCGUCGGAGGCAUAGACAACGAGGCCCUGGACUUUUCGCAAUUGGAAGACUUCAUUAACAGCGACAGCGAACAACCGGCCACAUAUUUCGCGGACACGCUCGCGCAUAACGAAAAUGGCGGCGGCACGACGACUCACAAUGGCCGGGUGGAGGGGCCGGUUCCUCAGCAACCACCGUCUCGACUACCCUCGCCGAUUACCCAGAAUCAUCCGGUGUCGAGCACGUGCACAUCCGGCACCACCACUGUGCCGAAUGGCGCCCCUUACAAGGAUCCGCAGUCGUACGUUCAUCCACACGCGUUACCGGAAAGUCCGCCGGACAGCGGCAGCGAACCACCGUACUCGCCGCCUGGACACAAUGAGACUCAACAUGUACAUUCGCCACAUCAAAAGGUAGCUCUCCAAGAAAUGCUCCUCCACCAUCAAGGUAGCCAGCCGAAUUACGCACCGAAUCUGCUACCCUCCUCGCCGAGAGCCUUAGCAUCGUCCGCGGAUCCACUGUUGCUCACCCACUCGGUUCUGACCUCUCACCUUCAGCCGGCCACGCCGAACCUUCAAACUCAACAGCCGAUAGGUCCGACGCUGGUCCCUCUUCCGCAUGAACACAGUCCUGGCAACAUCAAUACCUUGUACUCGUCGCUGCAGUCAGCGCCGAAGAAGAGGAAACUGAGCCAGGAUGGUCUUGUUCACGUCAAGCAGGUGCAACGAGAACCGGAACUGGGGACGGUGGAGCACAGUUGCAGCAGCAGCAGCGCGGUUCUCGACGGCGACGAGGUCGCAGACAACAGCUACAUCGACGCCAGCUACCAAUGCAUCCGAUUUCACCCCUUUCAGCAGACAUCCUGGCACGUUCUCUGCGACCACAAUCUGAAAGAGCUCCCGGUGCCGCAUUACCGCGUCGACGCCGACAAGGGAUUCAAUUUCAGCAACUCGGACGACGCGUUCGUGUGCCAGAAGAAAAAUCAUUUUCAGAUUACUUGCCACGCUCAGCUACAAGGUGAAGCUAUAUUCGUCCGAACCGGCGAAGGUUUGAAAAAGAUAAGUAGCUUCCAAUUACACUUUUAUGGCGUCAAAGUGGAGUCGCCGACGCAGACGAUCCGAGUCGAGCAGAGCCAGAGCGACAGGAGCAAGAAACCGUUUCAUCCUGUGACAGCUGCUUUCAGGGUGGAACUGGGUGGCGAACGCGUGACCAAGGUAACCGUUGGUCGUCUCCACUUCAGCGAGACAACCAGCAACAACAUGCGGAAGAAGGGGAAACCAAAUCCAGACCAAAGAUACUUCCAUUUGGUUGUUGGUUUGCACGCGCACACCGCGGACCAAGCUAGCUACCAAGUGGUGGCUCAUGCGUCGGAGAGGAUAAUCGUUAGGGCGAGCAAUCCAGGUCAAUUCGAAUCGGAGGGCAGCGGCGUCGGUGCUGAAGGGGGUUGGCAAAGGGGUGCUGCGCCAGACAGCGUUUACCAUGCUGGUCGUGUUGGAAUUAACACGGACAGGCCCGACGAAGCUCUGGUUGUCCAUGGUAAUAUGAAGGUGACGGGUCACAUCGUCCAGCCCAGCGACGCGCGUGCGAAACAGAACGUGCAGGAGGUCGACACGCGCGAACAAUUGCGGAACGUGCAGCAAUUAAGAGUGGUUCGUUACCGAUACGCUCCCGAAUUCGCCCAGCAUUCGGGCUUGGGUAUCAAGCAGCAGGAAGACACGGGCGUGAUAGCGCAGGAAGUCCAGCAAAUCUUACCGGAAGCUGUGCUACCAGCUGGCGACAUAGUCCUGCCGAAUGGUCAGAGAAUCGAGAACUUUUUGGUGGUGAACAAAGAGAGGAUAUUCAUGGAGAACGUCGGCGCCGUGAAGGAGCUGUGCAAAGUAACGGACAGCUUGGAAACCCGCAUAGACCAACUGGAGCGGAUAAACAAACGGCUGGCGAAGCUGAAGAGAGGCGACAGCCUGAAGAGUUCCAUUAGUACAAUAUCUAGUAUAUCAAGUAACAAAUACUCAUCCUCUAUGAAUAAUAAGACCGUUGUACAGGGAAAAGCGAAGAAGAGCGAGCGAGAGGACGAACUUCUUUGCAGCAACAAAUUUAUCCAGAUUAUUUUCGUUAUCCUUAUCCUUAUCAUGGCGUUUUGCUUAGUCGCAAUGGCAACUUUAUACUUCUUAGAAUAUCAGAAACGUAGCAGUCUGGAAUGGUCGGCGGUGGCCAGCAAUGGAAUGCUGGCGAUCAGACCGGCGCAUCCGUCGACGGUGUCGAGCACGCCUAAUUACGAUCCCCGGUAUAAUUCGCUGUUGGACAGCACCUUAUCGUCGUCUUUUACCAAACACGGUUCGCACACCAGAGGAUCGGACGGCAGUUUAUCCGUGAAGAGCAACGUGUUCUCCACUCAAGCGCCGCACACGAAGCAGCAGCUCUAUUCCCAAGAGAUCACCUGGUAUCCCAUCAGCCACUCGGGACCCCAGCCGAAGCUCGAGAAGAACAGCGAAUUCCCUGGCAACUGGCUGAGCAGAACAGGCGCGGGCGCUGUUCCCAGCAACGUGGACGAGAACGACCAGGGCUCGGACGUGGACUCGUCCUUGAGCAAAGGGCCCACCCCCAUCGGCAGACCUGUGAACUGUCCGAAACAUUUCACCGAAUUCGAAAAUCCUUGCCAGAUAUACUGUUGCACGGCCAAGAUCCAUCAGUUCGAGGAUCCGCAGCCGGAUCAUCCCCCGGAGAAGAAAUCCAUUUCAGAUCAUAUAGAGCAGCCACUGAACGUGCACGAGGAGAAACGUAAAAUCAGCAAAGGCUUCCAAAACGGUAUCAGCCCGUCGGAUCCGAGCACGCAGACGCUCGUGAAAGAGAAGCUCUAUUUGUUGCAGAAUAAUUACAAAUAUUUGCACAAGAGGACGCGAAGGGAGAAUGGCGGCGGUGAUUGGGGUGAGGUGGCCAGCAACGCGGCAGGUUCGUUGCCGCCGGAACCCAAGCCGCAGUUGUGGAUCGUCGCUGAGAGCUUCAACGCUUCCCUCGAUCAAAAGUAUUGCUCUGCGUCCUCGCAGGACUCAUCGAACAAUGUCACAUGCAUCGUGCCUCUGUCGAAGUACAUGCCGGACAUACAUCUUACCCUGCAUUUUGUCGGAAUGCCUUGGUAUUGGCAAGUGGUGCAACAGUGCUCGCUGUCGACGAACGCCGGCGUGGACGAGACCCUGAUAUGCAGUCGAAAAUACACGAUCCAGCAACCGGCGCAGUACAUGGAGAACAGCAAUCAGCCGGGCGAUCAAUCGUUCUCCCUCGACGUUGCACACUAUCUCAGGAAGACGUUGAGGUUUCGCGUGCCCACCGUGCAGCCUCAAGAGAAUAUUUGUAAAAACAAGCACGGCGUCGAUUACUCAGAGUACACGUUGCACUUUUACCGUGACUGCGACGAGUGAAGAAGAGUUUCUCAGUGUCGUCGCGCCUCAUGGACGACAGAUCGAAACGACAACAGUAUGAAAUCCGAAGAAGAAACGAUCGUCGAAUCUCAACAAACACACACACACACAGCUGGACCCCCACAACUCGUGCCUUCGUAACAACACAACGUAUUCCGUCUCUAUUUUGUCGAGCUAUCGAAUUAUACAUAUAGAGUGUAUAUGUAUGGUAACGUAUAUAUAUAUUAUCGAAAUGGA